UUCCUUAUUAAAUGAGAGCUGUGGCUAAGCCACGUUUUAUACCGCCUUUCGGUACCUUCAACUGAGUGGUCCUCUUGGGGAAGCUGCACCCUGUCAGCAUGGCUCAGGAGUUUGUGAACUGCAAGAUCCAGCCUGGGAAGGUGGUCGUGUUCAUCAAGCCCACUUGCCCCUACUGCCAGAGGACCCAAGAAAUCCUCAGACAACUGCCUUUCAAACCAGGGCUUCUGGAAUUCGUGGAUAUCACAGCCACCAACAACACCAAUGAAAUUCAAGAUUAUUUACAACAGCUCACCGGGGCGAGAACAGUUCCUCGGGUCUUUAUUGGUAAAGACUGCAUAGGUGGAUGCAAUGAUCUAAUCACCAUGCAGCAGAAUGGGAAGCUGAUGACCCGCCUGAAGCAGAUCGGAGCUCUGCAGUAAUGGAAGGGAGGCAGCUCUUUGUCUCUUUCCCCACCCAGCAGACCCUAUGCUGACAGCAUCUGUCCAGCCAUGCUGACACCAAUGCCUGAGAGCUGACCUGUAUCACAAAGAUGUCAGAAUUUCCUGGUGACUGGGAUUUUGAACAAAAACAGCUUUGACUUCUUUUCGUCAGUGCUAAAAACUGUUGCAAUUUGCUCUUACCCAUGCAGCCAAGAAGCUUAACAGACCAUACUAGCUAGAUUAUGUAUUCAUCAUGUGCCACCAUGUCUCUACCUCUAAGCUUAUACUUCUCAAUGAAGUUUGUCUAAGUCUCCAGCAAAUCUGUUGCCGGCUCUCUAAUAGUGCUGGUCAGCUGAAAUAAUUUUGUAGAACUCAGCUUUAUAAAGUGUUAUUAAAUGGAUAUUGUGAACUUGUUUUUUAAGUCACACACACACACACACACACACACACACACACACACACACGCAUCACCCCCACACCCAUUCCACAUCAGUCGUUACUGCUCUGAGUCAGUGUACUCAAUCUCGCCCUCUCCCAGAACUCACAGAGUGUCUACAUUUGUUUGAGGAUGCUCUUUGAGAAAUCAGAUGAAGAAACUGUGCACAACUGGUCCUCACUGAGGCCACAGAGACAGCACAGCAGAUGGCACAUUCAGCACGGUCUGUAAAGAUGAUUUGCCCAGCAAAUCCCAAGCAGCUGUGUGUUGAUCUGAGUUAGACUGCCAGCAAAAUUAAAUAUGAGAUAUAAAAUCCUAAAACCCUGCUUCCAAGAAUGUCUGUGAAAGAAAUCAAGUUUUCAAAACUGCCCUAAAUAAUUCCUUCCAUCCACACUGUGAGUUUUAUUUUGAUGUCUUGCAUUGUCAUGGAACUGCAGGUCCCUUCUCUAUCUUCUCACUAGAAGACCUCAUUCCUAAUAAAGAUGUACCUGGAAAUGACUAA